GAUUUGGGUUAAGAAUGCAGGCAUCAGGGCUAAUUAAGGUAGUUUUUAUAGAUGAAAGCGUAUAAGGAGAAGACUAAUAACCCUUUUUGUAAUUACUAUGGACCGCCUUUGGCAACUCCAGGAAAAGAGCCAAAUCCAUAUGAACAUUUUUAUUUAAAUUCAGUUUUUCAUAUUCUUAUGAACCUUGAAGGUCAAGAUUUUGAGGGAACUUCUCUUAGGGAGAAAAUACUCAACCUGUUCCUUGAAGCAAAGGCUUUGGAUUAUGAAGUUGAUGCUCCGACAGAGGCAAUCGGGGAUGUCUUCAUCGAAUUUCAGAAGAAAUGAGAUGAAUUUGAGGAAGAAAAUGACUUAGAUCUGCUAUUUAUACCAACACUUCCUACGAAGCAAGUUCUCAUGAGAAUAGAAGAGACUGGAUUAUUUGAAAAUGACGAAACCAUGUUUUUCGGUAGUCCUAAGACCAAAUCUUGCAUGCUUGAGACUAUCAUAGCGACUAUCAGGAAUCUUGAGGUUACUCAAAAGGGAGAAUUCACUUCGGAUCUAGUCGAACACCAUCAGGGCUUCUUAGAUUCAUAUUUCAAAGGAAAGAUUUCCAAGAGCUUCGAAGAGUAUUCCAGUUCUUAUAGCCUUCAAAUAAAGAUGUCAGAGCUAAUGGAUACUAUAAGAGACACUGAAGGGAACACUAAAAUACUACAGUCCUUCGUUUCCUAUAGCGCAGGAAUUAACCCAAAGUCUGCAAUAUACAAAUCUCUCACCCAAAGAUAUCUGAUAGUAAAACUUGAUUUUGAUGGGGAAGAAUUAUCGGAAGAAGACAUCGAAUUCCUAUGGGAAUCUGUAGACUAUGAUUUCAACACAAAUUUACUGACAUCCCCUUGAAGUGAAGAACAUAAGCAAAUAGACUCAAAUGCCCUUUUAGUAGCUACAAUCGACAGGCUUAAUAAAGACACUAGUACCAAUAACAGUGAAACAAAUAUUCUGAUCGAUUCUAAAUGGAGGAACUUCAAGCAUAUGAUUUAUAAGUCAAAUACUUUCUUUGAUAUAAUCGAAGACUGUAGAUUAUCGAAAAGACUCCCUCUAAUUUUAAUAUAUCAACUGCAAGAUAAUGUACACAAGCAGAGAAAAUCUGAGUUCAAAAGAAAUAAGACCAGAAGAUCAAAGAAAUCUAUUGUCACGAAAAAAGAAGAGAAGAAAGAAGAUAAGAAAGAAGAUACUGAGCCUAGUAAGAAUUUGUAUAGCACAGAGGAAAACACUGAAGCCGCUCGAGGUUACAAAAAUUCGGUACUAAAGCAAACUCCAAUCAAGAGAAGCCAACACCCUAAAGGAAAUGACGACCUUGAUCCCAAAGGUUGAAAAAAUUGCAUAAUCUUCUAAAAUCCCUAAAACCACCCCAACAAAAA